UGUAAGUAGGCAUAUUGCCCCCAGGUAUUGCAUCAGGAGGUUCAAACUCAAAAAUAUAGGUAGACUUACUCUGCAUGACAAUAGCGAAUUGUUUGUGUCAACAAAAUCCGAGCCAAUUUAUUGAUUUAAUAAUAGUACAACUCACAAGAAUUUCAAUUUUUUUACCAUUUUUUGUUUUGAAUUAGUCUAUCUGCUCUUCUUGUACCGUAAGAAUUCUGAAAUUUGAAGUAGUGUUGUUUUUAUAGAAUUAACAUACACAAUCACAAUCAAAUUGGAGGAUCGACUUGCAAGUGUUAGGAGACUAAGAAACUCGUUAGGAAAAGGAUGGCUGCCGUACUACCCUCGGAUCUGCAGUUGUCCGUGGCUACCGGGACGGAGAUGACCGGUGCUGGGACAUCGCAGGGGUCAAACCCAAUCCCCUCUGGUGUCGCAGAAUUAUUGGGGAAUCCGGCAACCUGCUUCGUCGAUGGUGCUUUAUGAUGAGGAUCAAAGUACAUUAUUAUAAUAUAUAUAUAGACUCAAUAUUAAGAAUAAACAUAAAGGGAAAGAACACAAAGCAAAAAACUUCAGAAUGCGAUCGAUCUGGACGUACCGGAAUACUCCCUCGUUUACGAUUUUUCCUUCUCGACGAAGUAUUUGAAAACUCGAAAGAUGUUUCUGGUACCAAAAGCACCCAAAUACAAUAGCCAAUGAUAAGAACUACUACUACAACUAUUGCCAUCUGCCUUCAUAAAACGAAGUCGGCAGCCUGGAUAUUGCGUUGGGGGAUGCGCGCUAUGUCGCACUAUGCUUCUCGGCAAGCUAUUGCAAAUAUUGCAAGGAGUUCGUCCCGCUGCUUGAGACCGCUCUUCCGUUGUUGAAGAAAGAGAAAGCGUGCCGUGUUGUCCUCUUAUGACUUACGUCUGUUUGUAUUAAGGCUUCCCCUAAUCCAUCUUCGGAAGCAUCCUCAAGAGGGUUUUGGGGGAAAAGCACUCAGGACGCAUCUUGAGAUCGAAUAGAGUGAGCUCUGAUUAUAGUCAUACUCAACAGGUAUUAAUGAAGAACGUAGCCGGUUCCCGUUACUCCUUAGAAUAUUGCUGGUGCCGGUAGUCUAAUAGCACUAUUGAAGACGCCCUGUUGAUGUUGACGAUUCUCUCCUCCUCUCGAUUUUGUUGUCUCGUUUUUCAAUAAUCAUUAGUGCUUGAAGAAUGAUGUAAGUAUCUUCGUGAUGAUAUUAUGCGGAAUCCGCAAGUGUGAGCGAUGACGCAUUACAUUUUGGACACUCGUUCUAAUUUGUAUUGGUGGAGACAAAACGGAAGAGGCCUUUGACCAGUAUCGUGAACAGCACAAGGACUUUGUGUCAAUGACUUUUUCCGCGACAGAGCCUGUGAAGCUUCGCCUGCGUGAACAGUGGGACAUCAAAACGAUUCCGCAUGUGGUGCUCCUUAUGGCCUACUGAUUAGAUGGUGACCCUCAGCACUGAUACCUGAAACCGUGGCUGUUGUCUAUUAUUUUCACUACCUCAGACCUUACUUUAUUUUUCUUAUUUUCGUAUACCUAAAACCUUACUCUCAGUUUUUUACUUUUGAAUGUUGCCUGAAGAUUUUAAUCAAAAUUAGUCAAUUUCUGGCAAAAUCCUGGACAACAUCCAGCAAGAUCUGGGGCGGGGUCUGUUUGUAAGGACGUGUCUGUUUGUAAGAUUCCGCAUGUGGUGCGCCUGAUGGACAACAAUUGACCACGAGCGGAUAUCUUCAUAGUAAUAUAUGUUGAUUCUUGCCUCGUCGUAAAACAGGAGUAAGAUGAAUCGUGUUAGUCUCUUCUAAAGAAUUGGAUCGCAUGUCGGGUGUCGUUGUGA